AUGCAUCUGUCUAUAUACGAGCGCCUCACCGCCGACGAGAUGGAUGAGCGGCGGCGGGAGAAAGUCGCCUACCAGUACCUGUGUCACCUGGAGGAGGCCAAGCGCUGGAUGGAGGCUUGCUUGCACGAGGAGCUGGCCCCCCCCACGGAGCUGGAGGAGAGCUUGCGAAACGGCGUCGUCCUGGCCAAGCUGGGCCACUGCUUUGCCCCGGACGUUGUGCCCCUAAAGAAGAUCUACGACCGCGAGCAGCUGCGGUACAAGGCAACCGGACUUCACUUUCGGCACACGGAUAACAUCAACUACUGGCGUGAGGCCCUGACCCACGUGGGGCUUCCUUCGAUCUUCCACCCGGAGACCACCGACAUCUACGACAAGAAGAACAUGCCACGGGUGGUCUACUGCAUCCAUGCGCUCAGCUUGUACCUGUUUAAGCUGGGGCUGGCUCCGCAGAUCCAGGACUUGUACGGGAAAGUGGACUUCACAGAGGAGGAGAUCAACAACAUGAAGCGGGAGCUGGAGAAGUACGGCCUGCAGCUGCCUGCCUUCAGCAAGAUUGGGGGCCUCCUGGCCAACGAGCUCUCGGUGGAUGAAGCGGCAGUCCACGCAGCCGUGCUGGCCAUUAACAAAGCGGUGGAGAGGGGAGUGGUGGAGCAGACCAUGGAGGCCCUGCGCAACCCCAGUGCCAUGCUGCUCAACCUGCGGGAGCCCGUGGCAGCUGUCUACCAGGAGGUGCUCUACCAGGCGAAGCUGCAGAAAGCCAGCAAUGCCAGGAACAGGUACCUGCAGGGGAUCCCGGAAGGGGAGGACAUCUACGACCGGUGUCUGACCCAGGCUGAAAUACAAGGGAACAUCAACAAAGUGAACGUCCAUGGGGCUUUAGAGCAUGUGGAUGAUGCCCUGGAAAACCAGGAUGCUCAGGAGCUGUACCGGGCGCUGCAGGACCCUGUCCUGGCCCUGCGCUGUCUGCAACGGGAGAACCUCGACUGCUACUUGGAGCAGCUCAGCAUGGACCGGGAGCAGAAAGCACUGGAGCUGGGCUACGUGGACCUGCUGGAGCAGGAGGAGCUGGAGGCAGGGAUCCUUGCAGCAAACAAGAAGGGAGAGGAGGAGCGAGGGGAGCUGGCGCAGGAGGAGCUCUUUGUGGCCGUGGAGAUGCUGUCGGCGGUGGCGCUGGUUAACCGAGCCCUGGAGGCCGGAGACGUGGAAGGGCUCUGGAGCAGCCUGGUCAGCCCUGCCUUGGGCAUCUCGGACGUAGAGGACGCAAACGCGCAGCGGUAUUUCAAUGACUUAUUGCAGCUGAAAGGCCAAUCUAGGAAAGCGGGAGCCGAGUUCCUGAGCUGGAACGACAUUCAGGCCAGCGUGAGCAGCACCAACUCGUCCGUGCAGAACGAAAACGACAAAGUCCUCGCUGUCAGGCUGAUCAACGAGGCGCUGCUGCAGGACGACCCCGAGAAGACCCUGGCGGCGCUGCUGCUGCCGGCGGCCGGCCUGGCCGACGUCACCCUGCCGGUCGCUAGACGUUACCACGAUGUCCUGACCCGGGCGCGAAGGCAAAAGGCCCAGGCCACAGAGGAUGACAGGGCUGUCCUCUGGUGGGAAGAGAUCCAGCAAGGGGUUUCCAAGGCCAACCAGGACUCUGCGGCCACGAGGAGAAGUAAGGGCUCCCCGCGGCGCUGGGAGCUGAUGCUGCCAAGAGCUGCAGCUUUUUGGAGAGGAUACAGGCAGCGCAGGGCUUACCUGGAGAGGCUGCGCUACUUGCACGCCAACGCAGAUGCUGCAGUAAAGAUCCAGGCGUGCGUGAGGAUGUGGCAGGCUCGUAAGAAGUACCAGGAGAGGCUGCGCUACUUCGGGAGGAACAUUAAAGCUGUAAUUAAAAUCCAGGCUUUUGUGAGAGCUAACAAGGCCCGUGGGGAUUACAGGAUGCUGGUCGGUGCCAGGAACCCACCUCUGAGCAUCGUCCGGCGCUUUAUCCACUUGCUGGAGCAGAGCCAGCAUGACUUCUGGAAGGAGUCGGAGCUGCUGCGGCUGCUGCAGGAGGUGGUGAAGAGGAUCCGUGCCAGCCGGCAGCUGGAGAGCGACUUGGACCUCAUGGACAUCAAGAUUGGGCUGCUGGUGAAGAACAGGAUCACACUGCAGGAGGUGGUCUCCCACUGCAAGAAGCUGACCAAGAAGAAUAAGGAGCAGCUCUCGGAGAUGAUGGCCAUAGACAAGCAGAAGGGGCUCAAGUCGCUCAGCAAGGAGAAGCGGCAGAAGCUGGAGGCCUACCAGCACCUCUUCUACCUGCUGCAGACCCAGCCUGGAUACCUGGCCAGGCUCAUCUUCAAGAUGCCCCAGAACAAGUCCACCAAGUUCAUGGAGUCUGUGAUCUUCACGCUUUACAACUACGCGUCCAACCCACGGGAGGCCUACCUGCUGCUCCAGCUCUUCAAGGCAGCUCUGCAGGAGGAGAUCAGGUCCAAAGUGGACCACAUCCAUGACAUCUUGACGGGGAACCCCACAGUGAUCCGUCUGGUGGUCAGCUUCUACCGUAACGCCCGCGGGCAGAACGCCCUGCGGCAGAUCCUGGGCGGUGCUGUGCAGGAGGUCUUGCAGGACAAGACCCUCAGCAUCCGCACCAACCCCGUGGACAUCUACAAGGCUUGGAUCAACCAGACCGAGUCGCAGAGCGGGCAGAAAAGCAAGCUACCGUAUGAAGUCAGCCCUGAGCAGGCCCUAAGCUACCCCGAGGUGCAGAGGCGGAUGGAUAUUUCUAUCCGCAACCUCCUGGUGAUGACAGACAAGUUCGUCUCUGCCAUCAUCUCUUCUGUGGAUAAAAUCCCCUACGGCAUGCGCUACGUGGCCAAAAUCCUGAAGAUGUCUUUGGCUGAGAAAUUCCCCGAGGCCUCGGAGGAAGAGAUCUAUAAGAUCGUUGGCAACCUGCUCUACUACCGUUUCAUGAACCCGGCAGUGGUGGCUCCUGCCGGAUUCGACAUUGUGGACAUCUCGGCGGGGGUAGCCCUGCCCCCCGCCCCCCGCCUCAACCUGGGCUCCAUCGCCAAGGUGCUGCAGCACGCGGCCGCCCACAAGGCUUUUGAUGGGGAAAACGCCCACCUGCGCGUGGUGAACCGCUACCUGGAGGACACCCACGACAAGUUCAGGGAGUUCAUCUCUGCUGCCUGUUGCGUCCCAGAGCCAGAAGAACGGUUUAAUGUCGAUGAGUACUCAGAGAUGGUGGCGGUGGCCAAGCCAGUCAUCUACAUCACAGUGGGGGAGCUGAUUAACACACACAAGCUCCUGCUAGAGCAUCAGGACUCCAUCGCACCUCUUCACGGAGACCCCCUGCAUGAACUUCUGGAAGAUCUUGAUGAAGUUCCUACAGUCCAAUCCCUCGUGGGCGAGGGUGUUCCCAGCCCAGCAGACGGCAGCACGGAGCAAGCGCUCUCCCAGCUUGCCAGAGCGGAGAUCUCCCUCACCCUCACGAACAAGCUCGUGCUGGAGGCCAGCAGCGAGGAGGCCGACGUGAAGAGCUUGCUGCUGAGCACCAAGCAAAUGCUAGUGGACGUGAUCCAGUCCCAGCCAGGAGAUUCCCUUCCGGAGAUCCUGUGGACGCCGGCGUCGGAGGACGAGGAGGCCUCCCACUCCCAUCUCAUGCACAGACGGGCGCUGCAGGACGCCCGGACCCCCGACAAGCUGAAACGCAACCGCUCUCUGACUGGGAAUAGCCAGCUGUCCAUGGUGGAGAAGAAGCGUAAGGUCAUCCGAAACCUGCGGCGCUUGGAGAGCCUGGGCAUCGUGGACUCGGCUGAUGGAUACCAAGGGAUCGUUAAUGAGAUGGCCGAGGAUAUCCGCAAUCAGAGGCGUUACCGGCAGCACCGCAAAGGGGAGCUCCUGAAACUGAGGCAGACCCUCCAAGGCCUCAACUCCAAGACCUUAUUUUAUGAAGAGCAGAUCGACUAUUACAACCAGUACAUCAAGACCUGCCUCGACAACCUGGCAGCCAGCAACAAGGUCAGCGGGAAGAACAAGAAGCUGCAGUCAUUGCAUUACACGGCAGCCCGGCUGUUUGAGAAGGGGGUGCUGCUGGAGAUCGAAGACUUGCCGGUCAGCCAGUUCAGGAACGUGAUUUUCGACAUAAUCCCCUGCGAGGAAUCGGGCAAGUUCCAGGUGAAAGCCAAGUUCAUGGGCAUCGACAUGGAGAAGUUCCAGCUCCACUACCAGGACCUGCUGCAGCUGCAGUACGAGGGCGUAGCUGUCAUGAAGAUGUUUGACAAGGCCAAAGUCAAUGUCAACCUGCUCAUUUUCCUCCUCAACAAGAAGUUCUUCAAGAAGUAA